CAGGACUCAGCUGACCGGCUCCUGUCGCCCGGUGAUGUACGCGCACCCGUCUCCUGUCAUCCCGGUAAACCAGUUACACAAAUCGGUAACUCUGCUGGCUGAGACACGGAGGGAGAGACGCACUCCUGUCUCCAAGGUUUUGUGGUGCCAUGAUGAAGAACCUCUCAGAAGUGGUCCUGCUGUUGUUGCUGCUGUUCUUCUCGCCGUACGCACAGGGAACACGCUACAGCCCUCCAGAGAAACCUGCUCUGACCAGAUGUCGUUCUCCUGAAAAAGAGACCUUCACCUGCUGGUGGGAACCAGGAUCUGACGGCGGCCUGCCCACCACCUACGCCCUGUACUAUCGCAAAGAGAACUCUGAUACAGUGUACGAAUGUCCCGACUACCACACGGCCGGGGAGAACUCCUGCUUCUUUAACAAGAACGACACGUCCAUCUGGGUCAACUACAACAUCACUGUGGUGGCCACCAACGCACUCGGCAGUACCUUCUCUGACCCCGUGGACAUAGAUGUGGUUUAUAUCGUCAAGCCGAAUUCUCCAGAGGAGGUGGUGGUGACUGUGAUGGAGGACAAGGGCUGGCCCUUCCUCCGGGUGUCAUGGGAACCGCCAAACAAAGCGGACACCCGCUCCGGCUGGAUCACUCUGAUCUACGAGCUCCGCAUCAGGUUGGAUGGAGAAGAUGAUUGGGAGAUGCACCUUGCAGGACAACAGAAGAUGUUUAAUAUUUUCAGUCUGCGGUCAGGUGGUACGUACCACGUCCAGGUGCGCUGUAAGCCCGAUCACGGCUUUUGGAGUGAAUGGAGUUCCACCUUCAACGUCAAAGUUCCCGACUAUUUCCAUCGGGAGAAGUCAACGUGGAUCCUCAUCACAGUCUUUUGUGCCUUCAUCUUCCUCAUCCUCACGUGGUUGUUACACAUGAACAGCCACAGAAGUCUGAAGCAUUGUAUUCUGCCACCAGUCCCUGGUCCUAAAAUCAGAGGAUUUGAUAAACAACUUCUAAAGAGUGGCAAGUCUGAGGAGAUCUUCAGUGCACUGGUGGUGUCUGAUUUCCCCCCGAUCACAUCGUCCAACUGUGAGGAUUUUCUGGUGGAGUACUUAGAGGUGUACAUCCCCGAGGAGCAGGAGCUGAUGCUGGAGGAAAGCAAGGAUCUGCAUGACAACUGCCUCAAAUCUGAGGGCUCCACGUACGACAAUGACUCCGGCCGGGGCAGCUGUGACAGCCACACUCUGCUGAUGGAUAAGUGCAGAAGGUCAAAAGAGGAAGGGAGGCUAACAGAUCAGGAGGAGAGUCCGAUAGAGGCACAGAGGCACCAGAAAAAGUGGAAUGAGGGCCCGUUGGCCUAUUCUCAUGAUGAUAUUGUUAGCCCCGACACAUCCAGUGGUCGGGUGAAGACCUGGCCUUCUGUGUUUUCACCUCUGCCUCAGUACAGCUCGCUGAACCAAAUGAGCUCGCUUGAGAAAGUGAAACAGCACUGCCUCUCUGACAGCCUGUUCCCCCCAAGCUCCUCAUCCUCCUACCUCACCCAGCCGGGCCACAACAACAAUAAGGAGGCUCUAGGAGCAAGCUACUGGGACAAGCAACAUCGCUCACUCCAUCCCCAGACACAGGCCCUCUGGCAAAUCCAGGCCCACAGUGAGGUCAACAUCUCCAACGUCGGCCGCAAACAAGCACCCGUUGAUCUGCAGCCGCUUGCUCUCCGGCCCACUGAGUAUGUUGAAGUCCAGAGGAUCAAUGAGGAGGACAUGGUGCUCCUGCAGCCUGUCAUGUCGGACUGUGGCGCCGGCUGCCCCCGGCCGCGCCAGGAGGAUGACUACAGCAAGGUGCAGGGGGUGAACAAUGACAACAUGCUGCUACUCCAGAGAGAGGUGGCAGGACACGAGGCGGAGAGGUGUCCUUGUGAGGACCAAGAGAUGAAUGGAGCGAUGGAUAGCUGCGUCCUGUCAUCCAUCGUAACCCAGAAGCCUACAGCCUGCAUUGACACUGGCACGCCAGCCCGGGAUGACACAGCCCUGGCAGUGAGUGGCUAUGUUGACACUGCCACCAUAUUUACCACUUACUAGGUGCUCGGAAGCUGAACAGGCAGGUCUGGGACAUUGUGAGACCUGUUUUAAGGUGGAACACAGACAAAAAGAACAACAAACAUUACAGUUACACCGACACUAUUCUUCCAUUUAUCAUAAAUCUAAUUUAAGAGACAGUUGAGACAUGAUAAGGAUCUAAAAUAAUUUGAUUGAAUAAUAUGAAUAAUAAUCAUAAUUUUACUUUAUAAACUUAUAAAGUAAAUAUUUAUGAUUGAUUGUAUAAGAUGGCUAGUACUACAUGCUGUCAUUAUGAUUAAUUUAUUUGUGUAAAAUCAAAAGGACAGGUAGCUCAAACAUCAAUUGCAUUUUUUUUGUCCUUUUUUGUCCUUUUCUAUGUGCACAUUUCUCCCUGUCGAAGUUAAAGCUGUUGGCUGGAUACCACACAGAAAGUAUAUAGAGAGAUUUAUGUGCAGAAGAAAACUGAGAAAGUGGGAAUGUAUUGGUGUAUUUUUCAUCCUAAGACUGUGAGCAGUACAUUUAUUACUGCUGGCACUCCAGUUUGACUGGUAAAUUUGUGUAAGUAUUUUAUUUGUUUUGGGGGAUUGGAAAAUAGUGUGAUUGUGUAAUUGCUCGGCAUUGUACGACAUUAACCUUAAGUGACUUAGUCUCUGUUGUUAAACAGUGAUAAAAUGCUGUGUUUUCCUUUUGCAUGAAAAUACUUUUAUGUAUCGCUUUAUAAACAGUCAAUCACCUAAUCACAAAAUGCAAUCUGAAACUGGACUCAAUUGUCUUUGAAGAGCCCGUUGUAAAAAUCAUGCUUGUAAUAAAUGUACAAAUGUGAUUUUUGUUUGGUUUAAAUAUGGUUUUAAAGUACUAUAUUGAUAUGUGCAUGCUUGUUAUCAUUACCUGGUCGUAAUAAUCAAUAAUGAGACAAUAACGUGAUUGACCCUCUGAUACCGACAGCCACUGUUCCUCAAGGCUUUUAAACCAAAAAUGACAACAUUUAACAUCCACAGACCCACAGAAAGUAAAUUUAGUCACUAAUGCCUAAUGAAGUGAAUCUUUGUGAAUACAUAGCUUAAAUCAGUUGUGUAUUAUUGUUUCUGUUUUUAUAAAUAAAGACAAGA